AUGACGAGAACGGUUCACGCUGUGGAUUUCUACGAAAUCCUAUCUCUGCCGUUCACGGGGUCUUCGUCGACAGUCCUCUCCAAGCAGCAGAUCAAGAUCGCAUACCACAAAGCAUUGCUCAAACACCACCCUGACAAGGCGGGUGCUGUGGCAAGGGAGACAGGGCUCGAUCGCUCGACUAAGUCUGCAUCAACAUCUACUCCGAACCUCUUUGCCAGAUCCGAUGGCAACUCGUCACAACUUUAUACCAUCGACCAGAUCACCACUGCCUACAAGACACUGUCGGACCCCGUCCUCAGCGCCGAAUACAAUCGCUCUCUACGUCUGGACAGGUUGAAGGUUGCGGAACGGGAGAAGACCGGCGACGUAUUCCAUACUGGCUUGGAGGUUGUGGAUUUGGAGGACCUUGCCUGCGAGGAAGCAGAAGGCGGCGACGGCGAUUGCUGGUAUCGCGGAUGUCGGUGCGGUGAUGAGCGCGGGUUUUUGGUCAACGAGGAAGAUCUGGAGAGGGAAGCUGAGCAUGGCGAGAUCAUAAUCGGGUGUCGCGGGUGCAGUCUCUGGUUGAAAAUUCUGUUUGCCGUUGAGGCAGAUGAAGGAUGA